GAUUGAUGCUGCCUGGUUGAGUAAAAAAACUGAAUUAACAUCAUCAAUACUCCGUACAAUUUUCACUUAUCAAUCAUGGUUGCCUAAUAAAUCUUGAGUUUCGUUCUCCUGCAAAGCCUUUCACCCGACAGACUGAGAUAAUUUGAUACUUGGCGCUGGAAGGAGAGCAAGAGAGAUGGAGAGGGUGAAAAAAAAAUUGGGUAAAUAUGAACUUGGCAGAACCAUUGGAGAAGGAACUUUUGCUAAAGUUAAGUUUGCCCAGAACACGGAGACAGGUGAAAGCGUUGCAAUUAAAGUUUUAGCCAAGAGCACCAUUCUUAAGCACCAAUUGGUUGAACAGAUCAAAAGAGAGAUAUCUAUAAUGAAGAUUCUCAGGCAUCCUUGCAUUGUUAAGCUCCAUGAGGUUUUAUCUAGCCAGACAAAACUAUAUUUUGUUUUGGAAUUUGUAUCUGGAGGAGUACUAUUUGACAAGAUUGUUCAUCAAGGCAGACUUUGUGAGGAUGAGGCGCGGCGCUACUUCCAACAACUUAUUGAUGCAGUUGCACAUUGUCAUAGUAAGGGUGUAUACCACCGUGACCUUAAGCCAGAGAAUCUGCUUCUUGAUUCCAUCGGGAACCUGAAGGUCUCUGAUUUUGGAUUGAGUGCAUUACCUAUGCAAGGAGUUGAACUUCUUCAUACCACUUGUGGAACUCCAAACUAUGUUGCUCCUGAGGUGCUAGGCCAACGUGGCUAUGAUGGAGCUGCUGCUGAUGUGUGGUCAUGUGGAGUCAUCCUUUACGUUUUAUUGGCGGGAUCUCUACCCUUUGACGAGGCACAGAUUCUACCAUUAUAUCGAAAGUUAAUUGCAGCAGAAUUUGUCUUUCCGUUUUGGUUCACUCCUGGUGCAAUAUCAUUGAUACAGAAAAUACUUGAUCCCAACCCUAAGACUCGCAUUAAAAUUGAAGGGAUCAGAAAAGAUCAAUGGUUUCAGAAGAAUUAUUUGCCUAUCCAAGGUAGGAAGGAUGAAAAAGAGACUGUGGGUGAUGUCUGUGCUGUGCUUUAUGGCAGCGAGCAUGAAGUUGUAACUGAGCAGUGUCAAAGUACUACCAAUGGCCCUUUCGUUAUGAACGCCUUUGAAAUGAUUGCUUUAUCUCAAGGGUUGAACCUGUCGCCAUUGUUUGACAGGUGCCAGGAUUUUGUCAAGCGGCAAACCCGUUUUGUAUCACGUGAGCCUGCGAAAGUUAUCAUUUGUGCGAUCGAAGCAGCGGCAAGAUCCAUGGGACUAAAGUUCCAUUCAUCUAACUACAAGACUCGGAUGGAAGGUGUAUCUGGGAACAGGGGCAAGUUUGCUAUUGCAUUAGAGGUUUUCCAAGUCGCCCCAUCUCUGCAUAUAGUGGAUGUCCGUAAGGCAGCUGGGGACACGCUUGAAUAUCACCGGUUCUACAAGAACUUCUGUGAAAAGAUUGACCAUGUUAUUUGGAAAUCAACGGAGGGGGUGGCAAAUGCUGCUCCGCUACUAUGAAACUAUCUGUUCUCAUUCCAAGGCAUGAAGGGAAUCAGUUGAUAUUACAACACAACAAAAUCCAACCCAUACUUUGGACACAAAUAAUGCCAUAAUGUUCCUGGUUGAGGAAUGAAUUGAUAUGUGGCAGUACUAUAUGUGUGUAUUGACAUGCUUCAUAGCAACACUCCCCAACAUUAAUAUAGAGGAAGAAAAUACUACUCUAACUAAUGUCAAGAUGUUAACUAAUUGUCAUCUUAGCAACACUCCCCAACAUUAAUAUAGAGAUAGUA